AUGGUGCCAGUGGUCCCAAUUUACCCAACCAUUAUAUAUGCAGUACUUAGAGCCAUAUCAACAGUAGACAAUACAGUAUGUUGGAUGGAUGAGAGUAGUCUUCAAUGGAUUAUGUAUGGACCAAUAGUUAUUUCUUUGGCUGUUAAUAUCAUAUUUCUCAUAAAUAUUGUGCGGUUAUUGGUGACAAAAUUAAAGGAUCUACCAGAAGCAGCGCAAAAUAAGAAAGCAGCCAGAGCCACAUUAGUUCUGAUUCCACUAUUAGGAUUUCAAUACUUACUUUUACCGAUGAGACCUGACCAUGGAUCCCCCUUUGAAGAUGUCUAUAUGUAUUGUUCUGCUAUUUUAACGUCAUGCCAGGGGGCCUUUGUUUCCAUAAUAUAUUGCUUUUGCAAUGGUGAGGUAGUUUCGCUUCUGAGUCGAAAAUGGAAACAAUACAGACUUAUGCAUUGUACUGGAAGUGCUAAACAAAGAUUUCCGUCUAUAAAAUCCAAUGAUACAGAACAAAUUUGCCAUCGCUUGGAAUCAGUGAAAGAAGAAAGUCCAGAAUUGAUGGCACUCACCAAACCAAAUCAGUAGUUACUGAUCAAAAAACUUUUCUUUGCGAUUUUAUUAAAUUCCAUGGAUCUUUUGACAGUUCUGCGACAGACUACAUGUUUCAUUGAUCAAUGAUAUGAGUAUUGAGGUCUUAUUAAUUUGACAUUUGACUCAUCUGACAAGAAAUAACAUAUUUCACAGCUUACACAAUAUAGAAACAAGAAUUGAUAUGUCUCUGUGAAUUGUCGAAGUUGUAUUUCUAUUUAAGUAUUUUAAUUUACCUGAUAUCGGUUUUCGCUUUAGCGGUUUUUACCUAUUUCACUACCAGCAAACUAUAUACAAACUCUUUAUUUUCAAAUUCAUGCCAAUACAAAAUGGUAAAAUAUUAUUGUUCUUAAAAUUAAUAGGAGCUAAGUAUGGAAACAACAGGAAUCCCCUUUAAUUUCAAACCAAUCAUUUCGCUUGGAGUACUGUGUCAGAAAUGAAGUCGACACGUUAUCUUAAAACUUCAAACGUUAAUCAACUGACAAUGACUAGAUUCAUGCCUUCUAAUUGCUUUGAUUCGAACACUACUAAUCAGCCUUAUGUAGAAGAAACGCGCGUCUGGCGUACCAAAAUGUGUUGAUGAGUUUUAUAACACUCGUAUUCUACGUUUUUCUUAAAUAAUGAAAACAACAUGUUAUAAAUUACAUACGUCCGAAGCGCUUUUCUGGAAUUUCUUUCAUUAACUCGUGUGCAGGUUGACAGGUAAAAAGAUGAAAUAUUGAUACAGUUCUACAAAAAACUAGCGUCAAUUUCAUUGGAAUUUCUUUUAGAUAAAGAGUAUACCGUCUUAAUUACUUCAGUGCAAUCAGAUAUAGAUGUUAUAUAUGGCGAAUAAAAGACUUAUUUUA